AUGGUGAGACGGGGUGCAUCUGCAAUGAACCGCCAGCGACCGGGGGUGUCCGGAACGUCUCCUGAGCUUGGAAAGGGAUUCGGGGUUUCGAUGGUUGAUGUUGAAAAGGUUUUUGCGGUUAUACGCUUUAUUUCGCAACACAGUUCUUCAGAAGCCGUGCCAUCUGUUAGUUGCAAUAUUAGUGUGGGUGAAGAACGUUCAAUGGCUGCGAAAAAGGGCGCAUUGGAUUCCUCUAAUGCUCUUUUAUCAUCCACUGUCGACCAGGCAUUAGAGCGAUAUCGUAUGGCUGUCACUAACGUACCUGUGCAGUUGGAUUUAGUAGAAAGCACGCGUUCAGAUCUUCGGAAUGUUAUGCUAGAGGCCUAUGCGGAUAGGGCUGCUGAAGUGAAUGCGCUAUGGGAGUGUGGUACAAAAAUUCCGCUCUCCCCUGGUGCUGAACAACCGCUCUUCCUGCAGGGCAACAUGUACCAAGUGCAGAGCAUGCAUGAGGUUGUGCCAGGUUUAUUUAUUGGUUCCUAUCACCCAGCGUCAAACAAAAUUCUUCUGCAGCAGCGAGGAGUGACGCAUAUACUUUGUUGUAUUGAUGUACUUCCACGAUUCCCCAAUGAUUUCAAAUACAUGACGGUCCCUGCGCAGGAUGCACCUAAUUACAACAUUUCAAUUUUUUUCGAGAAGACGUAUAACUUUAUUGAGUCAGCGAUUGUGGGGCAAUGCUCCUCUGUGCUUGUACAUUGCGGGGCCGGUAUAUCCCGUGCUCCAACAAUUGCUGCCGCAUAUCUUAUUAGAAAGUUGCGUAUGCCAGCGGACAGUGUAAUCGCACUUAUCCAGCGUAAACGGCCUGUUGCCUCCCCAAAUGCGGGAUUCCGGCAGCAGUUGAAGAAAUACCAGCGUGAUUUGGGUGUUGCGUGA